AUGCGAUGUACGCUGAGGUUCAGGUCAGGAUUCCUGCAGAAUUUAAACUCUGGUAAAAACGGAUUCUUCACCUCACUAUGGAAUAAGCCGCAGACCCGUGACGAUCGCAUAAAGGAGUAUGUGCCGGAUGUCAUUGCGGAAAGUUUAGAAGAGCAGCGAGCCGUCUUAGAAGAAAGCACCUCACGUGACAUUAUAGUGGAACUGGGCCAUAAGGUGCUUCGGGAAAUUGAAAACAAGAGCCCCACGCCCAGUAUAGCUCCCCACCUCAAUAAGAUUUUGCAAGAGUAUGGUUUCAAGGAUCUUAUUGCCCAGCGGCCGCUUAGUUAUUUAUUGUACCCGAGUUCAACGCUGAGUGGGGGACAGCGGCCGAAUGAGCUUGUAGCCAACUUCACAGACAACUUUCGAGGGCUUGUGGAGGAAGUGGAAAGACACGGAUGCUCUGCGCGAGUCAGGCCUACUAAGAAUGAUAAAGAAGCAACUAAGAAGGAGGGGGAGGGGAGAGAGGAGGCCCCUCAUGGUAAUAGCAACGCUGUUACCAACGGGGAAAGCUCGUUAGCCGCUUUGAAAUUCGGUCCUCUCAUCAUGGCAUCAAAGGAAGAUCACGAACCCAUGGAUGUUACACUCUUUGUAAGGGUGCUUUCUGCCAUGGCUCUUGCCAACGUGCAACAUGGGGACUGGAACAACGCCGUGCGCUGCGUGGACGUGGCCCUUGAUCACGUUAAGGAUCAGUCGCGCUUGGGAGGACUUCUUGGCAUGAAAGCCGGCAUAUUUGUUUACCAGAAAAAAUACAAGGAGGCAGUGGAGUAUGCAAAUUUAGCAGUGGAGGCUUCAGGAAAUAUUCAGGGCUUCAUCCAUGGCGCUUUUGCGCUGCGGAUUUUGGAAAGGCCUGAGGAGGCGGUAGCACUUCUUGAGAAGGGACGAGAACAGCAUCCAAUGAACACUCAGCUUCAGGCGCAGAUGGAAGGAGCUCAGAAGGAGUUGGAGACAUUGGCGAAGGAUCGGAAGAAGAUGGUUAACCCUUGA